GUGUGUGUGUGUGUGUGUGUGUGUGUGUGUGUGUGCUACCCACCUGUCUAUAAAUGAGCAUUCAACUCUUGCUUUAAACAUCAGUGUGUAUGGCUUGCAUCCAUGAGUACAAAAUUCAGCCUUUGCAACUGUGUUUGUGUCUCUCAAGGUGAGGGUGUUUUGUGUGCAGUGCAUUAGAUGCCCUGCCAUGAGUUGGUUUGGGAAGUUGAGCAAGGUCUAAGCUUGGGAUGUUCUGCAUGGAGACAGCAGGGAUGUUCUUCCUGUAGCAGCACUGGGGAUUAUCCUGUGAAGUAUUUUUCAGGAUGUGCCACACAUUUGCAAUAUAUUAAACAUAAUUAUGUAGUGGUGCUUGGAGAUCAUUCUCCACCCUCCUCUCCUGACAAUAUGGUGCCAAUAGCCUCUUUGUGACCUCUUGUCUCUCUAUGACGGGGGACACUGCUUUAGUAAAUAUCAUCUUUAAUUUUAAAAAAUUGUUUAGAAGUUUUAAGAAAAGUAUUGCUACCUCCCCAUUCACAUUGCUUUUAUAUCUGCAGAUGAGUUCUGAACAGUUUUCUAGGUGGACUAUCAGGGUUCAGUAGGAUGGGAAUGGGAUGAGAUGGGAAUGGAAUGGCUUGAAGGGGCUUCUUUCCAUGUAUCUUUUGUUGUACGACUUCUUGCUUUCAGUCAAAGUGCAAACCAAAGUUUCGUGGUUCAAAUAAAAAUCCAGAUUGGGAAGAGCUUGAUGUUUAUUAUUUACAAAAUUUGGUGCACUAUUAUCUUUGUCACACACACACACACACACACACACACCAACUCACCCAAUGUACAGCAAAGUUGUAUAAUGCAGAUCAACCGCUAGCAGUCAGCAAAAAGAAAUUGCACAUAAAACAGAAGCCAUUUCUUACAUAUUUUUGGAAACAAAACCCAAGUCCUGUGUUGUUAAAGAGAAUAUGAACACUUAAGAAAGCGCUGCCUUGGAUGAGAAACCUGGCAUGUGAUGUGGGCAAAUUCUCUGUUUGAGGUUGUCAUCAAAAUGCUUCUUUUGAGUUCUGAAGCCUGACCCAUACUGCCUUAGGAAAAUGUACACACAAGGAUAAAUUAGGAAUGCCUGUGGUUUUUUUUAAUGCUUCUAAUUGUUCUAUACCUCACUAAAUAAAUUUCUUUUCAUUGAAGUUUCAGAACUGGCUGUGUGGUUGAGUGUCUUCUAGACUAAUUUGAGUUGUUCCAGGCACCUGCAUUUUUUCUUCUUUAGAUGUUCCCAUGCCCCUUUUUCGCACGUACCAUGUGCUCUCCUCAACAGAAUCAGUCUAAGCCACCUACCCACUUCAUCACAUACCCUUAUAUCACCACCGAAUAGCCAAGGUUCCUUCUCUUUUUGCGGUCUCUGGCACUGGCAGCACCUUUGAACUGCAGUCCUAUGAUUCAGAAAUGCAUUUUCCUGUUGUUCCAUUUGAUUGUUCAGGUAGGGUUUCCAAAGGUAAAUGUCAAAAAUAAUGGAUGCUUUGGAGCUGUAGCUUUUGUGUUUGCUCUUUAUGACAGCUAUGACUAUGAGUGCCACAGUAAAAGGAACAUCUAUUAUAAUCUUAUGUGUCCCCACUCCCCCAACUGAUGGGAUGUUCCAAGGGUGUCAUUACUUGAUUUGGCUUCCUUUGGAGGAGAAAGAGCACUUUGGGGGCUGGUUCAGACAGAAUGGGAAAAUAUGUGAAUGAGCCACAGUAUGUCUCACACUUGUGUGCUCUCCAUCUCCUUUCAUUCCCAUAAGGAGAUAAGAAAAGUCUGCUUCCAGUUUAAAAUUAACCACAGUUUCCUGUCUGAACUUGGGAAACUGUAGUUUGUUUAAACUAUGGUCAGUGAGAACAAGCCAGGAUCAUAAUGCGGUUUGUGACAAAUCGUAAGUUUGCUUUUUUAAUUUGGAAGUCAUUCGGUAUUGCAGUUAGUUUUUAAAAGUGGAAACUUCUGAUCUCUUCAGUCACAGAAAAGGAGGAAAGGAAAGAGGAAAGUCUGCAGAAGCUCGCCUCCACUUGUUCAUGUCCAAACUAGGCCAUGAUGCCUUUAUAAUAUUUGCUUUAUUUAUAAAUAUGCAAGCAGAUAAUAAGUGGAGGUAAAGCGGUGCACCAUCAGAAACUAAGCUAUGGUUUGGCUUAGUAUUAUGUCUGAAUCCAGGCUUGUUGUUUGUCUUACUUCAGACAAAUGAUGAGCUGUAACCAAGGUUUGUUCUUGGCUUACCACUUGUUGCUUGCUUGUUUGUUUGUUUGUUUGCUUGACUUAAAUCCCUAAAAUAACCUAAGGAAGUUUACAUAAGGAAAAUUUCCCAUCCCCUUCUCACCCUUAUAACCGCUUUUGAAGGGCAAGGGUCCCUCCUUGGUCAGUAUGGGCUAAGACCAGGGCUUUAUGCAGCUGGAACUUGCCAGAACUUAGUUCUGGCACCUCUCAGGUGGGUGCCAUUGCCAUUAUAAGAGAACAAGGGAGGUGUUCAUGGUGAGUUUAGGCACAGCUUUUUCUAGAAAAAUAGUGCUGGCUAAGGCAUAGUGGUGGUUGGAAACUUUGCUUCUUUGAAUUCCCUUGUUUAAUUUAUCAUAGGAUUUGAGUCUGAGCAGUGCCUCCAUUCCUCAGCAGUUCCACCUGCACCCCAGCCCAUAAUGUUGAAGAGGUUCCCAGAUACUCCAAGCAGUUUUUCAGGAAGAUGCAGAAAGAGGGCAUGAAAGUUUCCUUCCAUGAGCUUCCUUACCUUAGGAUCCAUGCCAGUAUUAUUAAUUGCUUGUGGAGCAGUUCUGGGAAAAUCAAUAUUUAAUGCAGAGUAUGAAUAAUUCCAUGAGAUCUUCUGCCUUGCGGAUACUCCAUGGAACAGUUGCUAUAAAUUGCUCAGACUCUUGGCAGACAGCUCUUUAAAAUGCUUACCUAUGUGUUUAUGUGUGUCAUAUUUUAAGUUUUAACUUAAAAAUCCCUUAUUUGGGGCUGAUCGUGCAUAGUUUACAAUGCCCCAGACUGCAUCUUUUGGGAACCAGGAACAGACAUGGCCACUGGAUGGCAAUGCUGAGCUGAACAGAGCUUGGAAUGGAGUUUUAGCUCCUCAUUGAGCAGGCAAAAAGACUUGGGAUUCAUGGCGUGACUCCCAGAAGAGCCCAGGUGGGCUUCUGGCCACCCAGUGAGAAAGAACUGAGCCGUUUCAGGUCCCUGUCCUUUCUUUAUAAAGAUGGAAGAGCAUUGGCUCGGAAGAACAAUGGCGUUCCAGCAGAAUUUAGGAGAGAAAGAUUUCCAUGUCUACUUAACUUCAGCUAGUGGCUGAUCAUCAGGAACCUCUGCACCUGGAGCCUUUUAAUGAACCAUUUCAUAGGUAAACAUAGGAAUAUGUGGUGGACUAAUUAAAAUGGUGCAUCUGAGCAUGUUCGGAGUUCCUUUUUCUGAUUACUGAGUAACCGCAGCCACAAAUGGAGAGACACACUAACUACAGGUUCAGGGUUGGUUUCCAGUGCUGGAUAUACGGGUUAGUUUGCAUUCUGUGGUGGUUCUAAAAGAAAAGACAGUGGUGUGUGAAGAGCUAUUGACUGGGAAUUCUUUUUCUUCAUUAAAUCUCUGUGUACAAUAACAUAUUCACACCAUACAAAUACAUUUUUUUUAAAUAAGCCAAUCAUAAACCUGUGAUGGAGACAUUAUAAAUAGUAAAUUAUUUUAUUUUAUCCUUUCUUACAUUUGCUUAGGCUUUAUUAUAAUGUCAUCUGCUCCAUUCCCAGCUAUCCCAAAUCCUCUUUUCCACAAUCCACCAUUGUUACACAACCACUACUUUCUUUGUAAUUUCCAUAUUUCUUUCCAUUCUUGCCUGUUUGCCACCUGCUCCCAUAACUUACAGCUCCCUACAGUUCCCAAGCCUCUGCGAACCUGGUCCUUGUUAUCUUGUUAAAAAUAGACAUCACUUGGGACUUUUCUCCAGCUAUCACCCUGACCACUGGCUAAGCUGGCUGGGACUGAUGGGAGUUGGAGUCCAACAACAUCUGGGGUAGGGAACUACAACUCCCUUCUUCCCUGACCAUUGCCCAUGCUGGCUGGGGUUGCUUGGGGAGUUGUCGUUCAACGGCAGCCAGAAGCCACCAAGAUUGGGAAGGCUGUAUUGGGACAGUAAAGAAGCAAGAGAAACGUCAUCUGCCCUGGCACAGGUGAGAGCUUUACUGGAUGGUUGUCCACUAUCAUUAUCACUGGUGGAACCUCUACAAGGAACUUCCCCUCUGGUGGCUCAUGGAAAAACCCUCUCUCAGUUUACUGACUCAGAGGUAAGUCGCACCAGAUCAGCUGGAUAUAUGCCUGAGUUUAAAAAGUUUAGGAUCUGGGUUGUAGGCGGCUAGGCACAGCCCUUCCCCAGCCCUUUCCUCCUGGUGUAUGUGCACGCCUGCCAGGUGCUCUGAGCCUGGGUGCUCCCUCUCCUGGGCUCUUUGUGUUGGCAGCAAGCAGCCUCUCCCACCAGCUGGAGCUGGCUGGGCGCCUGUAGGCCAGCCAGCCAGCCAGCACUGCCUGCCCCUCCCUUCCCUCCCCCCAAGGGAUCUGCUCAGAGGCCGGAUGCAAAGAGGCUCAGAGCUGGAGCAGCUCUGCCGGGCUUCACACCACUGCGGGGAGAGGGAAGAAUCAGCAGGCAAGAAGAAAGGGGUGUACUCUGCACAUACCCACCGCUUUGCCUUGGACAUGCUUAAUAUCAAGCGGAAGGCAAGGGAUUGAGGCCAUCUGUGGACUGUUCUCUGAGGGAACUGUGCAUCUCCUAGAUCUGCUGCCUGGGGGCACUAGAUUUACCUAUCUGCCCUGAACUGCCCUGAAAUCCACUAUAGUGUUCCAUGGGACAUCACACUUUGAGAUCUACCAUGCUUCACUGGAACUUGUCGUUUUGCUUUAGUGUCUGAUGUGCUGCGCCAGGAUCUGUUGGGCCACCCCACUGCCGUGCUGUUGAGCCCCACAAGGUAGGAUGGUGCCAGGUGAGAGGAAGGCUGCUGGGCCCGUCCUUUUCUGGACCUGUGACCAUGAAACAGAGCCUUGUGAGUAGGCCUGGGUGAGACUUGGGAGCCUGUGAACCUUGCACAGGUAGCUUUGGGCACCCCCAUGGCCUGGUCUGGGGAUGCAUGGUAUGGAGCCACAGCAAAAUGGAUCUGGCAAUCAGAGUGACCAGGCACCCGCUGAGCUCCCGCACUCGCCUCUUGGCAUGGCACUCAUCCUGGUGGCCGUGCUGGUCAUGGCACUUGUGACCCUACUGGGGAACGUGUUGGUAGUGCUGGCUGUGUACACCAGCCGGGCCCUCCGGGCCCCGCAGAACCUCUUUCUGGUGUCUCUGGCUGUGGCAGACAUCUUGGUGGCCACCCUUGUCAUCCCCUUUUCCUUGGCCAAUGAGGUCAUGGGCUACUGGUGCUUUGGCGGCUUUUGGUGCAGCCUCUACCUGUCGCUGGACGUGCUCUUCUGCACCGCCUCCAUCAUGCACCUCUGCGCCAUCAGCCUGGAUCGGUACUGGGCCGUCACCCGUGCUGCCCGGUACAACCUCAAAAGGAGUCCCCGGAGGGUCAAGUGCAUGAUUGGGGCUGUCUGGGUCAUUUCUGCCUUGGUGUCCUUGCCACCGCUUUUCAAGUCAACGCACCAGGACCAGCUGUGCUUGCUGCACGACGACACCUGGUACGUACUGGCCUCUUGCACUGCCUCUUUCUAUGCCCCCUGCCUCAUCAUGGUCGCUGUCUACUGCCGGAUCUACCACGUGGCCAGGCACAGGAACUCGGUGGUCAUUGCUGCGAGACGUGUCUCCUACCCCAACCUUAUCACUGCAGCCAAGUGCGACGCCCGCAGAGUGAGCACCCAGCACCCUGGGGAAGUGCAGAAUGCAGGCUCGGAGCACGGCCAGCUUCCCCACCCCCAGCCUAGCUUGCCCCGGCUCUCUCGGCAGUGGAGGGCAGAAGAGAUUGGUAACAGUGCCAAGUCACAGAGGACCCCCAGGCUUUCCUGGUCAGUUCCCUCUAGCCGGCAGCAGCGCAGGAGCAGGGACAUGUCCGUCUCCACCAACCGGCUGGUGCAGGCAAGAGAACGGCGGUUCACCUUUGUCCUGGCUUUCAUCAUUGGGGCUUUCGUGCUCUGCUGGUUCCCGUUCUUCUUCACAUACAGCCUCGAGUCCGUGCUCGGGGAAGGCUGCUGCAUCUCCAAGCCUCUCUUCAAGUUCUUCUUCUGGAUUGGCUACUGCAACAGCAGCUUCAACCCCAUCAUCUACACCGUCUUCAACCGGGACUUCCGGCGGGCCUUCCAGCAGCUUCUCUCCCGUGCCGACCCACUUACAUGCAGGAAGUGAGGACUCUUCUGAUAGAGGGCUGUUUGGGGAGGUGGAGAGAGGUGUUGGCAUGCAGGCUGGGGUUCUAGGGCCUGUGUACAAAACAUCAUCCUGUGGCAACAGGUUGAGGCUGAUGAGUGAGAUAAUAUCACUGCUGGUUUUGUGCUGAAAAAGCUCCUGCUAAAGUGGUAAAUCUGUGGCAUGAGUGGCACAGGCAGCCAGACAUUUAUGACAUGAAGGGCUGGUGGGCCUGGUUAUGGCACAGAGAGUCAGGCUUACACAUGCCCUGCCUACCUCUCCUGUACUGUGCUGCUAGCCUGCUUACCAGUCCAAUAGGCCAGAGGCCAAGCACUAGUGCAUUGAGGGACAGGAGUAGACUGCUUAUGGGGCAGUGGAAUAGUGGUAACUUCUGAAGUGCAAGUGUGCUGUUCCUGGCAACCCCUUACAGCCAUGCCCAACACUGUACAACAGAAAUUAAUUUUUGGCUGAGGCUGACAUUUUGGCCUCAGUACCUCGCCAGCUUCUUUAACCUCUCCAUCUGCUCCUUCGUUUAAGAUAUCUAGUCUGAUGAAUAGUUCUAGUGGACUCAAGAGCUUUCUUAUCAUCUUGUGACAUUUCGUUGGUUAUUUAAAAAAGGGACUUCGACUUUUUAAAGAAAUAAAAGUGUUGGCUUAACUCUUAAUCAUGCAUUUGAAAUGAAAUCUA